AUGUUCAAACGUUCGCAUAGAUCGAAAGAUCGUGUGGAAAAGAACAUAAAACUAAAGAGAUCGAAUAAGGAUCCCGCGAAGGUGUCGAAAUUGCAGAAGUCGUUCGAUCAAGGCUCGCCCAUUGCGAGUAGCUUGACCUCUCCAAUUGUAACGUUUACAGUUGGUAAGGAAGGACGACUAUUUGCGGCGCACGAGGAUGUACUCUCCUUAUCGCCGUACUUUUCGACGGCAAUGAGAGGACAAUUCUUCGAGGCGCAGAGUAAGAGGAUCUCUUUACCCGACGAAGAACCCGAAAUCUUUUCCUGUGUCCUCGAAUAUCUUUACAAGGGUGACUAUUAUCCCCGUUUGAUUCACAACAAACGCCGAAACUCUUGGGAACUCGAGGAUGCAGAUCACUCCCCCAACCCCGAAAAUACUGGUGGUCGCGGGUCGGUAGAGGCCACAAGCUAUAUAUCCAGCGUGGGAGAACACCUUCUAAAGGAUACAGUCAUAUACUGCGCUGCGGAGAAGUAUGGUCUCGAGGAACUCAAGCGCGUUGCUCUUCGGAAGCAAGGCCUACAGAGUGGAAUUGAGGUUGCUACAAUUCUUCGUAGUGCUCGGUAUGCUUAUGACAACACGCCGGAUACAGACUCUAGACUACGCGCUCAUUAUCUUGCCUUGAUUAUCAGAUGUCGUAAGACAUUUAAGAGGAGCGGAACCAUGCAGACAGAAAUGGAGAGUGGCGGUAAACUUUUCUUUGACCUUUUCGUGGCAUUAUGCAAUCAUGUGGAUGACAUUGUGGAUAUUGGGUUUACUGACUUCCAAGCUAGAAAUUCCAAGUCUCCAAGAACCAUCUAA